AGACGUUGCGUGACGGUUCAUGUGACACAAAAGCUAGUUCCUGCACAGAACGUAUUUCAAUAACGAUUGCUACAUCCUUUUAUUGCUACCAAGUAAAUCAUGGAGCGGAAACCUUUACUAGAAGAGGACAGGCAUAGCAACACUAGCCGAGGAUCCAACCGCCCAGGAUUCUCCCACAAGCAAAGCUAUGACCAGCUACCAUGCCCGACCAGUUACUAUGGUGACAAUUACCAGUCAAUAAUUGCAAACCAACGCAGAUCUAGCUCUGACGGCUCUCAAAGCUGCUCCACCUCAGAAGAGACCAUAGAAAUUCCUUCGGACAUCGCACACCCAAAGAAACACAAGCCUUACUUUAUUUAUUCCGUUACUAUAGUAAACAUUGCUCUUUUGAUAUGGACCAUUGUCCUUGGAGGAAUUGAAAGCAUUGGGGCCAGUAAAGAAAUUCACAAGGGAACUUUUCCAAAGUUCGGGUACACAUUCAAUUCUUCAAAGUUUGCAGAGAACGAAACACGUUCAUUUUACUCCGGCAUAAAUUUCUUUAUUGGACCAAAUGCCAGCUAUUUUGUUAAGUUUGGCGCUAUGUACUCACCGUGCAUACGACCGGACACCGCAAUGAGAAAGAGAGAUGCAAAACAAGCAGAAGAAGAGGAGAGUUAUACGUGCUGCUCGUUGAAUGGAGAGUGUGGGAUGAUGAAGAGCUGCAUUGGCAGAUCAAUUGGACGGAGUACUAAUUGUUCAGGGUCGCGGCCCCAGUGCCCGCGUGGGAUAACUGUGCGCCCGUGUUGUAUGGGUAUGCAUGGGAAGUGUGUUAUCUUGCCGAGACGACAAUGCGACUUCUUGCGUGGUUACUGGAAUGAGGAUAAGCUGCUGUGUAGUGAGGUCAAAUGUAUUAACAGCGUAUGCGGUGGUGACGACACCUCGGGGCCGGGGCAGGGGUACCGCUUGAUGUCAGCAGUUUUCUUACAUCUAGGUAUUAUACACUUGCUUCUUAACCUUAUCUUUCAAGUCAUCAUUGGCCGAAUGAUCGAGAUCGAAAUCGGGACUAUCCGAACGGCGUGUAUCUAUCUGGUGAGUGGACUUGGCGGGAGUCUGGUCAGUGGGGUAUUCACUCCCUUGACGCCACAGGUUGGUUCGUCCGGAGCCCUGUUUGGUUUAAUCGCCUUGAUGCUCGCCCAUUAUUGCUACUAUUAUCCAAGUCUCCGAAGGCCUUACUGGAACCUUCCUAUUCUGCUUUCAAUUAUUAUUCUCUGUUUUGCAUUAGGUACCCUUCCCUACGUAGGUAACUUCGUCCAUAUUGGCGGCUUUGUCUUCGGGCUGCUGACCACAGUAGUGCUGACUCGGCGCGGGACUGUAGGCUGGGCUCGGCGCACGUCGUGUCGGUAUUGGAGCAUCAAGCUAAUAUCCCUAGCUCUACUAAUCACGCUUACCAUCGUGUGCUUUUUGCUGCUUUAUACCGUUGAAAAUACAGAAUUCUGUAAGAACUGCCACCUGAUAGACUGCAUUCCUUGGACUUCUAACUUUUGCCCGAAUAUCACCAACGAUGGAGUCCUUGGUUAGAUUUUAUUAAUGAAGGCAUACAAAUAGCCACCGAGUGCAAGUUAGUAGACAGGAGACGGGAUGCGUCACCAUGUUGACUGUAUUCCUCCUCAGACUUCAAGCUUUACAUAUAGAUGUACGAAAGCUGCGCUUCGCAUGUAGUAUCAACGGACUUUUUCCUCGGCUAUGACGCUAUGCGGUUACAAUAGGGACCUUAUGCAACGACGACGGCAACUCGGACGCCGACGGCAGGAACAAUGGGAUUUGAUUCAGAAUUCAAUAGCAGCACGUGGAAAUGCGUUCUGUUUGAUUCAUUUCAGCCGUUUUCCGUAAAACCACGACGUGAAAACUACAAGUUUAAAGGUGAAUUGAGGUCGCGGACGUUUUCACUGUAAACUCCACUAAUCUACGUUCGCUGCUUAAGAAAUAAUAUCCUUAGUUUAUUUUUAUCUAUCUCUGACUAUAAUGUUUUGCUUAUUCCAUUGCAAUUAAAGUAUUAUUGAUCGCCACGUGCGAAAACAUAUUUUCGAUCGCGUUGUCCUAGCCGUCGUCGUCGUCCUUGCGUGAGAAAGCACUGUUUGGCUAAAGAUCCCAUUGUUAUUGUUUCCAUUCAAUGUGGAAGACAAUUUAUGUGAAAAAAAUCUCAAAAUAAUCAUGAUUUGAUUACUAAAAUUAUUUAAGACUAUCGAUUUAUUAUGGCUGUUUUCUCAAACUUGGUGUUUGCUAACUUUGACAGAGACCCCUCUUAAGCAUAAAUAAAUGAAGUGGCGAACCACC